AAUACAGUAAACACCCCUGUGCCACAACUAAGUAGCACGGUCCAGGAACAAGAUGGCCGAAACAACAGAGAAAACAGAAGUCGCCUCGCCAACGUCUGCGGAAGCGGGCUCUUUUCCUCAGACUUCAGACCAGAGAAAGAAGAUUGAUGUUCUCCUGAAAGGUGCGGGCGACGCCCCGAUCAUGAAGAAGAAGAAAUGGGCGGUGGACCCGACCAAGAAGGUCAGCUGGAUCAUCGAGUUCAUCAGGAAAUACAUCAAGUGUGAACCACACGAGUCACUGUUCCUGUAUGUUAACCAGUCCUUUGCACCAUCACCAGACCAGGAAAUGCAGAACCUAUAUGAAUGUUUCGGCAGCGAUGGAAAACUCAUACUUCACUACUGCAAGACUCAAGCGUGGGGAUGAGAUUCACUUAGUUCAACUUUAUUACAAUUGUUCGUUGUUGUUGUAAAUAAUCUAAGAUUGAGAAGCAUUCAUUGUUUGUUUUGUUUGUUUGUUUGUUUGUUUGGGAACCCCAGUUGUUGUUUUGGUUUGGGACUCCCAGUUAUUUCAAUGGUAUUUCUGCCUCCUGCACUGGUUUUACUUAGCUCACACAUAACUACUGAAUAUAAAGUAAGACAAUUCAUUUAUAGUUGCCAUUCAUCCAACCUCACAUGGUGCUCACCUCUGUCACUGUAGCCCUUUGGCCACGCAGUUGUGCAAUCACUACAGCAGGAGGCUAGUCCACUAGCAGUGGAGUGCGUUCAACUUCCCUUCUACAUUUGUUCUGAGUUUGAAGCAGAAAAAGCAGUAUGUACUGGGUUGGGGAGCAAAACCCUGACUCACUGCAUGUAAUGUGAACUCUCUACCAACAAAUUCAGAGGUUUAUUAUUAAUACCAUAUUGCAAGCGUCUUAAGCAUAUAUAAGUCCUUUACUAACUCACAGAAAAACUGGAAAGGUACUAGUAACAUUUGCAAGGCAAAUUGAAAAAUUCAUAAGGUUUACCUGCACACUGGUUAACAAACUACUGCUCUGUUUAUUCUUACUCAUACACAUUACUCAUACACAUUUGUAUACUAGUACAUGUAUGGUGAAGAGCCCCUCCA